AUGGUCGUUUCCACAUCUGAUGCCAUUAUCAUCAUCGGCGCAGGCGCUCUCGCACUUUCUACUGCAUUACAUCUCUCCCAACAAGGCUAUACCAAUGUUUCGGUAUUCGCCAAGGAGCAACAUAUUCCAUCUGGGAACUUGACACCUGUAAUAUACCAUGCAGCACAAGCCUCCGGCGUGCAAUUCUUUCUGGGCCAACCAGUCGACGGAAUAAUCUACGUUAGCACAUUGACCGGAAAAAAGAACGCCGGCAUUCGCACAAGGAAUGCCCAAUUCCAUUCCUCUUCGACGGUCAUUAUCGAAGCCGGGGCUGGUGAUGGUAGUUCACGGUCUGGAAUUGGCUAUGCGUCCGACUCCUUGGCUACCCCCCUUUCUUGGUAUUCUAAUACCUCGGACUCCUUGAUUGGAUACUGGCCACAAGAGGCUUCUUCGGUGAUACUGUUGCCACGGAUUUCAGGAAAGGACUCUCGGAUAUCGACCACACCUUCUGUUUUGAGUCUUUUGCAAGCAACGAGUGGACAAAAUGCGGUGGAGGCGGCGAAAUUGGUACAGAUUGUACCUCCGACAUUAUCGAGGUUAUAG